AGGGGUAAAAAAUUUCUUCAGAAAAUAACCGUGAGAGCAGAAAGAUGAGUAAAAUCUUUUACGUCAUUUUUUACGGUGCUCUGACGGGCGCCGUACUUUGCACGUCCGAGGAAAAAAUGUACACGACCAAGUACGACAAUAUCAACAUUGACGAAAUAAUUAAGAGCGAGAGACUGCUGAAGAGCUACGUGGGUUGUUUACUCGAAGAAAAUCCUUGCACUCCAGAAGGAAACGAAUUGAAAAAAAAUCUACCGGAAGCUUUGACAAACGCGUGCGCCUCGUGCAGCGAAGCACAAAAAACAAUUGCCGACAAAUUGGCUCAUCAUCUGAUCGACAGCGAGCCAGAAGAUUGGUCGCAUCUUGAGAUCAAAUACGACCCUACUGGGAGCUACAAGAAGCUGUAUCUCGACAACAAAACCGACACUCCUGCUCCUCCAUAAAUGGCUCACAGGACCAUACGAUUUAUCUAUCCGAACUUCUCACUUCGUUUAACCUCGAUUUGCAAAAUUAAUAGCUCCCGGUAAAGGUGAAAUUUGCAACGAAAAUCUAUCACGAAAUUCGGCACUUCUCCGCUCGUACUCGAAUGUGUGUAGUGACUUUGUGCACAUAAUUUUGAUCGCUCAUUAAAAAAAACUUUUUCCCCCAA